UAUGCAUACGACCCAACAUGGAGUCAAAUUGAUGAUUCCCCCAAGCAUGUCGCUUCAAAAGAACAAGGAGGUAAAGAAGAAAACAUCCUCAACCUCCCGAGCAAGUGGUACUUUUCAUGCAAAGCAAGCGAAUGCUACAAGUUUUGAAGUGAACAAAGGGGUGAAGAGGAAUGCUGGUGUAGAUUUUGAUGUCCCUCUUCGUCGAAGCAAUCGUGUAAAGUCUAUGAGUUCUCCUUCUCCUCGUGGUCCUCCAGUUUAUCUUGAGUUGUCUGAGUCUGAUCACGGAGAGGAUUCUCAAGGGGGUCCAACUGAUUCUUCUAAAGAGGACCAUACUAAUUUUUCAAAAGAGGUAUCUGAUCAUCUGCUUGAAGUGCCUCCCAUGGAUAUAAUUAAUCAAGAUGGUGAUGAUCAGGUUGUCGAAGAUGAAGGCAUGAGUGAUGGUGGUAACUAAGUGCACAACAUCCCUUUUUGCUCAUCUACUGCUCUUUUUUUUUUCUUAUUGCCAAGAUUCUUUUUUUUUUUUUGUAAAUCUGAUGAUGUUGCUUCUUCGCAGGCCAUUGAAAACGGCGGUGUGAGUAAUGACAAUCAGGUUGAUGCGGAAUUCGA